UUCCUAUCAUCCUAUUUUCUUCACAAUCAAAAGCCAGUCUAGUCUCUCUUUCCGUCUCUGCGAUUCUGUAUGCUAUGGAGAACUGGGAUUUGCAAGCUGUGGUGAGAGGGUGCAAAAACAAUCUUGAAGGCCUUACUCAUACCAUGGAGUUCUCUCAAUCAUCUUGUUUUGGCUUUGCUCCUGUAACCAUUGAAGAAGAUGAUGAGAUUUUCCAGGCUUUUCCUCAACUGUUUGAAGCCACAACAGCUUUGGAUGAAUUGGAGGAGCUUUACAAGCCCUUCUACCCAAUUUUGCAGCCUAUUUCCCCACCAACCAUUCCUAUCGCCUCCGUAUCGGUUCCGCAAGAAGUCACUGCAGAAGAAAAAGAGCCAAAGAAGCUGAAAAGCGUGAAAGAAUCCUCACCCAUGUCCAAAAGAAGCAGGAAGAAUCAGAGCAAGAGGGUGGUGCAAGAGGUUCAGGAGAAAGAUCUGUUCUCGGAUGUGUGGGCGUGGCGAAAAUAUGGGCAAAAACCCAUCAAGGGAUCGCCAUAUCCGAGGAGCUAUUACCGGUGCAGUAGCUCGAAAGGAUGUUCAGCAAGAAAGCAAGUUGAAAGGAGCAAUUCCAAUCCAGAAUUGUUCAUCAUAACCUACACUGCAGAACACAACCAUGUUCAUCCUACUCGGCGAAACUCUCUUGCUGGAAGCACAAGAACCAAGUUCCCCAAAUCUCAGAAAAAGAAAAGAGCAAAAAUGAGUUUGCCUGUAAAAGAGGAAGCACAGAGACUGCCGGAAGAGGAUGAAGUUAGUCACGAGAGUGUGAUGGAUAUGAUGUUGGGAGAUGAAGUUGUUCCGGGCUUUGAGGAUUUUGAUCAAAAGUUGGAGGAAUUGAGCGAAUUGAUGGCCGAACCAGUCAUGGCCGAUGGUUUCUUUUCGGAUCAGUUUCCAGAUAAUUACUUUCCAAGUUCUUGGUUCCUUGGUCACUCUACAAGUACUGUAACUGGAGCUUGCUGACGAUUUACCAAGAGGUCAUACUCAUACAUAUAUAGCUAGAUAUAGCUUUCAGGAAUCAGAGAGAGGGAUGUGAUCGAGUUGCAUUUCGAGAAGAUUAAUUUAAAAACUUCAGUUUUAAACUGAUUAACAUAUGAAUUGUAAUUAGUAUAUAUAGUCUCAAUUAUUAUCUGUAUUAUCCAUAGUUGAGGAUUAGGAGGUAUCACCUCCCAGAUUUAAUAUAAUUGGUGUAAUUGAUUAA